GGGUGAGGGGUGACCUUGCGGUUCGGCCAGCCUGCGCUGGCUUUGAUCUGAUCUCUGGAGAAUGUGUGUUGGUUUGUCAUAAAGCAGCGCAGUUACUCCGUGGGAUGCUGAGACCCCCCAAGACCCUGUAGAGGACACCAUGGCGGGGGCAAUGGACGCAGUUUUGGCCAGAGCUAAAGACGUGUGCAAGAGAAACGGUUUGCUCAUCCUCUCGGUGUUGUCAGUCAUCAUCGGAUGUCUCUUGGGAUUUUUCCUCCGGACGCGGCGUCUCACUGAGCAGGAAAUUAGUUACUUUCAGUUUCCCGGGGAACUCCUUAUGAGGAUGCUGAAAAUGCUCAUCUUACCCCUUGUGGUUUCAAGUCUGAUGUCAGGGCUGGCGGCACUGGACGCCAAAACAUCCAGUCGCUUGGGAAUUUUCACCAUUGCCUACUACCUGUGGACCACGUUUGUGGCUGUGAUCGUGGGAAUCAUCAUGGUAUCCAUCAUCCACCCUGGUGGAGCUGCACAGAAGGAGAACACGGAGCAGAGCGGGAAACCAGUCAUGAGCUCUGCCGAUGCUCUGCUGGACCUGAUCCGGAACAUGUUUCCAUCUAAUCUUGUGGAGGCAACUUUCAAGCAGUACCGAACCAAGAAUGUACCAGUAGUAAGGAGUGGGAAGACGGGCUCAUCAGAGAGUAUAACUCACAGAAUCCUCAUCUAUGGGAUCCAGGAUGAGAAUGGAUCACACAUCCAGAACUUUGCUCUUGAUAUAACCCCUUCCCCGGAUGUUAUCUACAAAUCAGAACCUGGGACCAGUGAGGGCAUGAAUGUACUCGGUAUCGUCAUCUUCUCGGCUACCAUGGGUAUAAUGCUGGGCCGAAUGGGGACAAGCGGCGUUCCUGUUGUCAGCUUUUGCCAGUGCCUGAAUGAGUCGGUCAUGAAGAUUGUUGCGGUUUCUGUUUGGUACUUCCCAUUUGGCAUUGUAUUCCUCAUUGCAGGGAAGAUCCUGGAGAUGGAUGAUCCCACCGCCAUUGGGAAGAAGCUUGGUUUUUAUGCCAUCACGGUGGUGUGUGGCUUGGUGGUGCAUGGGCUCUUUAUUCUUCCAAUCAUGUACCUGUUUAUUACCAAGAAAAACCCAAUAGUCUUUAUACGGGGAGUGCUGCAGGCCCUGCUCAUAGCUCUUGCCACCUCCUCCAGGUAUUAUACUAGAAAUGAGUCAAAGUGGAGGCAGUCGACCUGUUUGUGCCUCCAUUCACAGCCCGUGUCUGUUUGCUGCAUACUCUCUGAAUCAAAUGUUCCGUCUCUUUCUAGUUCUGCCACUUUGCCAAUAACAUUCAAGUGUCUGCUAGAAAACAAUCACAUAGACAGGCGGAUCGCCAGGUUUGUGCUGCCUGUUGGGGCUACUAUCAACAUGGAUGGGACGGCGCUGUACGAAGCAGUGGCUGCCAUCUUUAUUGCACAAGUGAAUAACUACGAGCUGGACUUUGGACAGAUCAUUACUAUAAGUAUCACAGCAACGGCAGCCAGUAUUGGGGCUGCAGGGAUACCCCAAGCCGGCCUGGUAACCAUGGUGAUUGUCUUGACUUCAGUUGGCCUGCCUACCGAUGACAUCACACUAAUCAUUGCAGUUGAUUGGGCUCUGGACAGGUUCCGAACAAUGAUUAACGUGUUAGGAGAUGCUUUGGCUGCUGGAAUCAUGGCCCACAUUUGUCGGAAAGACUUUGCAAAAGGCACUGGGACCUCAGUCCCUCUUAUCUGUGAAACGAAGCCCAUUAGCAUCCAUCAGAUCAUGUCAUACCAGAGAAAUGGAUGUGUGAAGAGUCGGAGCGCUCCACACCUGUCUACUUCCCCACAAGAUUUCCAUCCGUUGCAGAUAGAUCCUGAGUCAGGAGCUCCAGAACCCCCUGGAAAAUGCGCUAAGAAAGACCAUUGUACAAUAGAAAUCAGUGAGCUGGAAACUAAUGUGUAACACACGUGCGUAACGUACUCAGUAACUGCAGAGUGAGAUGGAAAGGGGUUGUUGUUGUCCUGUUGGAUUACCAUAACUCAUCUGCCAGAUGGAAGAGAAAGCACACAGUCUAUCUCCUCCACACGUGACUCCUUUU